UCGGGGCCGCGGGGGCUGCGGGCGGCCGGCGCGCGAGUCGGGUGGGUGGCCGCGCGCGGGCCUCGGCCCCCUGCCCCGCCGCCAGGGCUAGCCCGGCCCCCCGCAGCCAUGCAGGCGCCGCCGCCGCCCUACGACUUCGGCAGCGACGAGAACGCGCCCAAGUGGCGGGGGCUGCUGGUGCCCGCGCUGAAGAAGGUUCAGGGACAAGUUCACCCCACUCUUGAGUCUAGUGACGACGCUCUUCAGUAUGUCGAAGAAUUGAUUUUGCAGUUGCUGAACAUGCUCUGCCAGGCUCAGCCCCGAAGUGCUUCUGAUGUGGAGGAACGUGUUCAAAAAAGUUUUCCUCAUCCAAUUGACAAGUGGGCAAUAGCGGAUGCCCAGUCGGCCAUUGAGAAGAGGAAGCGAAGGAACCCCUUGUCCCUCCCAGUCGAGAAGAUCCACCCUUUGCUGAAGGAGGUUCUCGGUUAUAAAAUUGAUCACCAGGUUUCUGUUUACAUUGUAGCAGUAUUAGAAUACAUUUCUGCAGACAUUUUAAAGCUGGUGGGGAAUUAUGUGAGAAAUAUACGGCAUUAUGAAAUUACAAAACAAGAUAUUAAAGUGGCCAUGUGUGCUGAUAAGGUGUUGAUGGACAUGUUUCAUCAGGAUGUGGAGGAUAUAAACAUAUUGUCCCUGACCGACGAGGAGCCGUCCACCUCCGGAGAGCAGUCUUACUACGACUUGGUGAAGGCGUUCAUGGCGGAAAUCCGGCAGUAUAUCAGGGAGCUAAACUUGAUCAUCAAGGUGUUUAGAGAGCCGUUUGUCUCCAACUCAAAACUGUUCUCAGCGAACGAUGUGGAAAACAUAUUUAGCCGCAUAGUGGAUAUUCACGAACUUAGUGUGAAGCUGCUGGGCCACAUCGAAGACACUGUAGAAAUGACAGAUGAAGGCUGCCCCCACCCCUUAGUCGGAAGCUGCUUUGAAGACUUAGCAGAGGAGCUGGCAUUUGAUCCAUAUGAGUCCUAUGCGCGAGAUAUUCUGCGACCUGGUUUUCACGAUCGUUUCCUCAGUCAGUUAUCGAAGCCUGGGGCAGCUCUGUACUUGCAGUCCAUAGGCGAAGGUUUCAAAGAAGCUGUUCAGUAUGUUUUGCCCAGGCUCCUUCUAGCCCCUGUUUAUCACUGUCUGCAUUACUUUGAGCUUUUGAAGCAGCUAGAAGAAAAAAGUGAAGAUCAAGAAGACAAGGAAUGCUUGAAACAAGCAAUAACGGCUUUGCUAAAUGUGCAGAGUGGUUUGGAGAAAAUCUGUUCGAAAAGCCUUGCAAAACGAAGACUGAGCGAGUCCGCGUGCCGGUUUUAUAGCCAGCAGAUGAAGGGGAAGCAGCUGGCCAUCAAGAAGAUGAACGAGAUCCAGAAGAACAUUGACGGCUGGGAGGGCAAGGACAUCGGGCAGUGCUGCAACGAGUUCAUCAUGGAGGGGACGCUCUCGCGGGUGGGGGCCAAGCACGAGAGACACAUUUUCCUCUUUGACGGCUUAAUGAUCUGCUGCAGGUCGAACCACGGGCAGCCCCGCCUUCCUGGUGCUAGCAAUGCCGAGUACCGUCUCAAAGAAAAGUUUUUCAUGAGAAAGGUACAAAUCAAUGACAAAGAUGACACCAGUGAGUACAAGCAUGCUUUUGAGAUUAUUCUAAAAGAUGAAAACAGUGUUAUAUUCUCUGCCAAGUCAGCUGAAGAGAAGAACAAUUGGAUGGCAGCCUUGACAUCGCUGCAGUACCGAAGCACCCUGGAGCGGAUGCUGGACGCGGCCGCGCUGCAGGAGGAGAAGGGGGGGCAGAUGCGGCUGCCCAGCGCCGACCUGUACAGGUUCGCGGAGCCCGACUCCGAGGAGAACAUUCUGUUCGAGGAGAACAUGCAGCCCAAGGCUGGGAUUCCCAUCAUCAAAGCGGGAACGGUGAUCAAGCUAAUCGAGAGGCUCACGUACCACAUGUAUGCAGAUCCCAAUUUUGUUCGGACGUUUCUUACAACAUACAGAUCAUUUUGUAAACCUCAAGAACUCCUGAGUCUUAUAAUAGAAAGGUUUGAAAUUCCAGAGCCUGAGCCAACGGAAGCUGAUCGCAUCGCUAUAGAAAACGGAGAUCAGCCCCUGAGUGCAGAGCUGAAAAGGUUUAGGAAAGAAUACAUCCAGCCUGUCCAGCUGCGAGUAUUAAAUGUCUGUCGACACUGGGUAGAGCACCACUUCUAUGAUUUUGAGAGAGAUGCAGACCUCUUGCAACGAAUGGAAGAAUUCAUUGGGACAGUCAGAGGUAAAGCGAUGAAAAAGUGGGUUGAAUCCAUCACUAAGAUAAUCCAAAGGAAAAAGAUCGCAAGAGACAGUGGACCGGGCCAUAACAUCACAUUUCAGAGCUCCCCUCCCCCCGUGGAGUGGCACUUGAGCAGACCCGGGCAAGUGGAGAACUUCGACCUGCUCACCCUACACCCGAUAGAGAUUGCUCGGCAGCUCACGCUACUCGAGUCAGAUCUGUAUCGAGCUGUCCAGCCAUCAGAAUUAGUUGGAAGCGUGUGGACAAAAGAAGACAAAGAAAUUAAUUCUCCCAAUCUUCUGAAAAUGAUCCGACACACAACCAACCUCACACUGUGGUUCGAGAAAUGUAUUGUAGAAACCGAGAACUUAGAAGAAAGAGUAGCUGUGGUGAGUAGAAUAAUCGAGAUUCUGCAAGUCUUUCAAGAACUGAACAACUUCAACGGCGUCCUGGAGGUGGUCAGUGCCAUGAACUCGUCGCCUGUGUACAGGCUGGACCACACGUUCGAGCAAAUACCAAGUCGCCAAAAGAAAAUUCUAGAAGAGGCUCAUGAGUUGAGUGAAGAUCACUAUAAGAAAUACUUGGCGAAACUCAGGUCUAUUAACCCGCCGUGCGUGCCUUUCUUUGGGAUUUAUCUCACUAACAUCUUGAAAACAGAAGAAGGCAACCCUGAGGUCCUCAAGCGGCAUGGGAAAGAGCUCAUCAACUUCAGCAAGCGGAGGAAAGUCGCGGAGAUAACGGGGGAGAUCCAGCAGUACCAGAACCAGCCUUACUGCUUACGCGUAGAAUCCGACAUGAAGAGGUUCUUUGAAAACUUGAAUCCGAUGGGAAGUAGCAUGGAAAAAGAAUUUACAGAUUACCUUUUCAACAAAUCCCUGGAAAUAGAACCACGAAACGCUAAGCCUCCUCCACGAUUUCCAAAAAAAUAUAGCUAUCCCCUAAAAUCUCCCGGUGUUCGUCCGUCAAACCCAAGACCAGGUACCAUGAGACACCCAACACCCCUGCAGCAGGAGCCCAGGAAGAUCAGCUACAGCCGCAUCCACGAGAACGAGGCGGAGAGCACCGCGUCGGCACCCAACUCCCCCCGCACGCCGCUCACGCCCCCGCCCGCCUCCGGGGCCUCCAGCGCCACCGACGUCUGCAGCGUGUUCGACUCGGAGCACUCGAGCCCAUUCCACUCAAGGUCUGCUUCCGUGUCAUCUAUCAGCCUCUCGAGGGGCACUGACGGGGCGUCUGUACCCCCGCCCGUUCCUCCGCGGAGACGGCCAGAAUCGGCGCCGGCGGAGUCGUCGCCAUCUAAGAUGAUGUCCAAGCACCUGGACAACCCGCCCGCCAUCCCCCCGCGGCAGCCCACGGCCAAGGCCUACUCCCCGCGCUACUCGCUGUCGGAAGCCCCCGACAGCCCCAGCCCCCCGCUGGUGCCGCCGCGAGAGCCCGUGCGGACCCCCGACGUCUUCUCCAGCUCCCCGCUCCACCUGCAGCCCCCCCCGCUGGGCAAAAAGAGUGACCACGGCAACGCCUUCUUCCCCAACAGCCCCUCCCCGUUCGCGCCGCCGUCCCCCCACGGCCCCCGGAGACAGCUGCCCUCGCCCCCCGCCUCCCAGGCGGCGCCGCACCCGGCCCCCGGGCCGCCCGUGCCCCCACGGCAGAGCACCUCGCAGCUCAUCCCCAAACUCCCGCCAAAAACUUACAAACGGGAGCACACGCACCCGUCCGUGCACAGGGACGGGCCCCCGCUGCUGGAGAACGCCCACUCCUCCUGACUCCCGGACAGCGACCACCGCCUCCAGGCAGCAGGACCCGGCCCAAGGGUCAGCGCGAGUGACCGUCGAGGGGAGCCCGGGCCAGAGGACUGGACGGCGGCCACAGGCCUCUCCCGUGGCCUCGCGACCGAGGGACGGGACUCGGGCCGGUGAUGACGGUUUUUGUAACUCGGACUCUCAUGCACUUUGUAAGAAGGAAUCUCCGACGGGGCGGGCGGGCGCCCGUGCCCUCCGCCCGGCCCUGCGCCAGAGUAGUUUCUAGCCACCGAGGGGCUGAGCAGUCGGCCGGCGGGGACCGCAGCCUGCGUGCGGGUGGGCGCCGAGGCUUCACCAAAGAGGUACUUUUGUUUUUGUUUUUAAGAAUAAUGAUCCCCGUUUAGGAACAUUCUCCACCCUCCCGACAGACGAGACGUGGCGUUGGCUGCGGGGAGAGGCCGGGCCACCGGCACGGAAGGACUCGGAAGCGGCAGCUGUCGGGCAGCCGACUCCCGUUCUGGACUGUUCAUCAGUGCGAGGCUGCCGCCCCGUCCCCUCACGAGAGUUUACUGGCCCCCUGCCACGCGAGGGGGACGCGGCCCCUGCCCGGCCUCCCCGCGGCUCGUGUUCCCGGGUGCGCCCUGGUCACGUGUAUAUAGUGAAUGUUCAAUAAUAUAAUUGGCAGGCCUGUUUUAAUUUAAUUGAAUAAAGAUACAGAUACUUUG